UGGCUUCUUCAAUGCACGUAAUUAUCGUGCACUCUCUUCCCGUACCGUGACUGAACGUGCCUGCCAAGUGCCAACGAUCCCAAGUUCGACACAUGUACAAGUGAGUGCAGCUCAAGCAUCGAACGUAAACGAACAGUGAAACCAAGCACAUGAGUUCACGCACGCACUGUAUAUAUAAUAGCACUAUGCACGCCAUGGCACGGCUAUGAUAUCACGAGUUCACAACAGAGUACGUCCAGCUCGAGCAGCGCCAUGGAGAGCGCCGCAAUGCCACGAAGUGUUGUUACCUACCCUCGCGUGCCAUGCAGCCUCCAGACGCUUGGCUGCAACCUUCUCCUCCGCACGAGCAAAGCGACGAAACCACCGCGCCUCUCGUGCAGGGCCACCGGCGGCCGCGUCGACCGCCGCGACGUGCUCCUCGGCCUCGGCGGGGCGGCGGCCGGCCUCGCGACGACGCACCCUGGCGCGCUCGCGGCGCCCAUCCAGGCGGACCUCCAGAACUGCCAGACGCCCGACAUCCCCGCGACGGCAGCGGACCCCAGCUGCUGCAUGACGUACCGCGCCGGCACCAGCAUCGCCGACUUCCAGCUGCCGCCGGCGUCCUCGCCGCUCCGGGUGCGCCCGGCGGCGCAGCUGGCGGACAAGGAGUACUUGGCCAAGUACGAGAAAGCCGUGGCGCUGAUGAAGAAGCUGCCCGACGAUGAUCCUCGCAGCUUCGUGCAGCAAGCGCGGGUGCACUGCGCGUACUGCAACGGAGCGUACGACCAGGUCGGGUUCCCGGGCCUGGAGAUCCAAGUACACAACUGCUGGUUCUUCUUCCCAUGGCACAGGCUGUACACGUAUUUCCACGAGAGAAUUCUCGGCAAGCUCAUUGGCGACGACUCGUUUGCGCUGCCGUUCUGGAACUGGGACGCGCCCGGCGGCAUGACGCUGCCGGCGAUCUAUGCCAACAAGUCUUCGCCGUUGUAUGACGAGAGGCGCAGCCCCGCUCAUCAGCCACCUUCGUUGCUUGAUCUCGACUUCAGUGACACCGACCCCAACAUGCCAAGAGAUCAGCAAACUGAUCAGAACCUGAAGUUUAUGUACCGUCAGAUGGUUUCGAGCGCCAAGAAGAGGGAGCUAUUCCUGGGGCAACCCUACCGCACCGGCGACGCGCCGGACCCGGGCGCGGGCUCCCUCGAGAACGUGCCGCAUGGCCCGCUCCACGGCUGGGUCGGCGACCCGAGGCAGCCGAACGGCGAGGACAUGGGCAACUUCUACUCCGCGGGGCGCGACCCGGUGUUCUUCGCGCUCCACAGCAACAUCGACCGGCUGUGGCACGUCUGGCGCGGCCUCAGCCCCAGCAACACCGACUUCACCGACCCCGACUGGCUCGACGCCAGCUUCCUCUUCUACGACGAGGAGGCCCGCCUCGUCCGCGCCCGCGUCCGCGACUGCCUCGAUACGGCCGCGCUGCGCUACACGUACCAGGACGUCGGCCUGCCGUGGCUGAACGCCAAGCCAACCAAGACAGCCGGCACGCCGGUGCCCGCCACGGGCGCGCUCCCGGCGAAACUGGACAAGACCGUGAGGGUGGCCGUGACGAGGCCCAGGGUCUCCAGGAGCCAGAAGCAGAAGGCCGAGGAGGAGGAGGUGCUGGUGGUCGAGGGGAUCAAGAUCGCCGACCAUUCCAGGUACGUCAAGUUCGACGUGUACGUGAACCAGUGCGAAGGCGGGGCCGGGACGGCGGCGGCCGAGUGCGCGGGGAGCAUGGCGCUCACGCCGCACGUGAUCCGGCACAACAACAAGAAGGCCGGCUCGGUCAAGACGGUGGCGAGGUUCGGCAUCACCGACUUGCUGGACGAGAUCGGAGCUGACGGGGACAAGACGAUAACCGUGUCGCUCGUGCCGAGGUGCGCCGGCGACGUGGUCACCGUGGGCGGCGUCAGUAUCGAGUACGUUAAGUGAAGCAUUAGUAUGUGUUAUCGUCUCUGCUUAUGGGAUAUGGGAGACCGGGUGUGGUCCUUUUCUAUCGACGAGCCUAUACGUGGUUGGAGUCGCGAAGAAGAGCUCGACAAGUAGCCGGGCUUGUGCUUGUACGUACCGGUAAUAUAUGCACGAUUGGUGACUGAAUAAGUACGAUUUUAAGUAGCGAUAAUGUUCUCGUGUCUUGUUUGGUGAAUGGGACUGGGUAAACACUUUGUCU